AUGAAAUUCAAUAUCGUACUUCUGGUCGUAAUACUUUUGUUGAGCGUCACCCCAUCAGAAUCAAUUUUUUGGAGUCUUUUUGGUCUUGGUGGUGGUGGAAAAAAAUGUUGCUGCCCUCCACCUAUUCCUCCUGUUUCUCCUCCUCGUCCUCCUCCUUGCUGCUGUUGCUGCAAAAGUGGUGGUGGUGGCGGCGGAUUAUUCGGCGGUCUAUUGGGACCACUCGGUAGUAUUUUUGGUGGUAAGUUAUUUUAUUAA